AUGCAGGACCUCGAAACUCUACAGAACGGCGGCUACAAAGACCUUGGCCUUCAAAAGCUGAAGCUUGCUGGACCGUUGAGCGAAUUUCCUUUGGAGAUUUUACAGCUUGCCGACACCCUUGAGCAUCUUGACCUCUCCGGCACCGGACUGUCCAGCUUACCUGACGACAUUAGCCAAUUACACAAGCUCAAGAUUUUGUUCCUGUCGGAUUGUAACUUCAACACGUUUCCACGACAGCUAGCAGCAUGUGCCCAACUCGAAAUGGUGGCGUUCCGCUCAAACUGCAUGGCUACCAUACCUGAAGACGCUUUACCACUCAAGUUGCGCUGGCUUAUUCUUACCAACAACUGCAUUGAUACGCUCCCAAAGAGUAUUGGCCGUUGUUCUCGCCUCCAGAAGUGCAUGCUUGCCGGCAAUCGUCUAACGCGACUGCCAGACGAGAUGUCGGCCUGCAACAAGCUUGGCUUGCUUCGUCUUUCUGCCAACAAUUUCGAAGAGUUGCCAUCCUGGCUAUUCAAGUUGCCCGAGCUCUCCUUCCUGUCAGUGGCUGGCAAUCCAUGCUGUGCUGUGACCCUCGAGCAAGAACUGGCCCAGCUCCGCAAGGUGGCGUGGCAUGAUCUUGAGUUUGAAGGCUUACUCGGCCACGGGGCUUCUGGCGAUAUCUUCAAAGCGAGGUGGAUGCCUGCUGAUUCGGUGGUCAAUGAAGUGGCUGUCAAGUUGUUCAAGGGCGAGGUGACGAGUGACGGAACGCCUCUCGAUGAAAUGGCUGCAUGCCUGGCUGCAGGAUCACAUAAAAACCUAAUCAGCACGCUGGCGAGCAUCCAGGGUCAUCCGGAGAAGCAUGGGCUCGUCAUGCAGCUAAUACCGCCUCAUUACCAGACUCUAGGUCUUCCGCCUUCGUUGCAGACUUGUACACGGGACCGCUAUGAAGCGGGAAAGGCGCUGCCAGUGGGGACCGUCUUGGAGAUUUUGGGUAGCAUAGCAGCGGCAGCACUCCACCUGCACAGUCGCAAGGUGUCUCACUGCGAUCUUUAUGCCCAUAACAUUCUCUAUAACGAAGCCGGACAUGCCUUGCUUGGCGACUUUGGCGCGGCAACUAUAUACGAAAACAUCGGCGAUUUUGACUUUGAGAAACUUGAGGUGCUGGCGUUCGGCCACCUUGUCGAGGACCUCAUCGGCGUAACUAGCACCGCGGAGGACAAUGACAAGACGCGACAGAUCACGGAGAAGUUGAAGGAGCUACACAUCCAGUGCUCCAGUCCCGUGGUGAGUGGCAGGCCGACCUUUGCAGAGAUUGUAAGGGCAGUUCAGGCUUUGCACUAA